AUGACGCUACCAGAGCAUGAUGAUAUAAUUAAACUGAACAAGAAAGAAGAGAGAAAACAGUAUUCCCCCAAAAUGAAAAGAGGGCUUCAGCAGAAUCGAACUCGACAGUUCAGGACACCAAGCUCCAAGUGGGGAAUCCAACAGCAGAAAGGUUAUGGUAAAAACCGUUUGGGACGCAGAAAGAAGAUAGCAGGGAAGAAGCGUUCUUAUGGAGUUAUAACUGGCUUGGCAGCCAAGAAAUCAAUGGGUUCACGCAAAGGAAUUAGUCCUCUGAACAGACAGCCACUUAGUGAGAAGAAUGCACAGCGGAAUUACCCAGUUUUGAAAAAGAAGACAAACCUGCAAAGACAAUCUGAAAUGCAGAGAAAACAAGCUCCAGCCCUCAGGAGGCCUGCCCCACUAAACAGAAGGAAUAACAUGCCAUCUGCUUUUGCCAGAAUUGGAAACAAACUAAAUCAGCAGAAAGACACUCGUCAAGCAACUUUCCUGUUUAGAAGGGGCCUGAAGGUACAGGCCCAAGUGCAGUCAGCAGAUGAUCUUGAUAAUCAGACAGUAAAGAGAACUCGUCAAUGGCGAACUUCCACCACAAGUGGAGGGAUUCUGACUGUGUCCAUUGAUAACCCAGGAGCAAUCAUAACCCCAAUUUCCCAGAAAUUACGAUUAACUCGUACUCCUGUGCCACCAUUUCUGAUGAAGAGAGACCAGUCUGAAGAGAAGAAGAUUCCCAAAGGGGUUCCAUUGCAGUUUGAUAUUAAUAGUGUUGGAAAACAGACAGGAAUGACGUUGAAUGAACGUUUUGGGAUCCUGAAGGAACAAAGAACAGCGCUGUCUCAGAACAAAGGAAGCCGUUUUGUAACAGUGGGCUAACCUGACAGAUGGACUUGAGCACUGAUCCCACCUACCUAAGAAACUGAGAUAAAAGUGGGCAGAAGAAUACAGCAUACGUCACUGAAAUUCUCCAGACUUCUUGCUAAGAUAGUGGCAGAGCUAUCUAUCUUUAUUACUUUUACUUUGAACAGUAAAAGACAUGAUGCCCUGAGGGGGGAAAGUAGGUAAACUGAUCUGCUGGAGUGGCACCAUCACCUGGUUGGAAAAGAUUCUGUUGCCCAGCUGAUGACAACACCGAUUUUUAGUUCACCUUGCAACCAAAACACAAACACAAAUUUUAAAAGUUGGAUUUUUUUUGUCGAGGAGUGUUCAGCAUCUGUUCUUUGACCCCUCUGUUAUGGUAGAUUGUGUAAGUGUUUCAUUACAAGCCCCAUUUUAGGG